AUGCUGGUGUCCCUGACCGUUGGCAAGGUCGAUGCAGGCGUCGCGGUUCUGCUCACCGAAGAUAAAAGACUGAUAGAAUUCCCAUCGAUACUCUUGCCUUCAUCCAUAGCCUCAGGCUCAAUUGUGGACAUCACUGUAAAGCAAAACUUCGAGGCUGAACACAAAGCAAAGGCUGCGUUUUCCUCCCUACAAAAGCAAAUCCUAAACACAUAUGGCAUAAACACCCCAGCUACACCUGUACUAAGACUCCGAAAUGCUACUCAAACCUCUCUUGUUCUCGAAUGGGAUCCUAUCCAACUCGCGACCACUACUCUUCACUCCCUGGCGCUGUAUAGAAAUGGAAGCAAGGCAGGAAACAUUCCACGACCACUGGAACAGACAGCCACCAAGAUCAGUGGACUGGCUGUAGAUUCGGAAUACUCCUUCUAUCUCGUACUCAAGACGAGCGGCGGAACCUACACGAGUAACGACCUGACUGUCAAGACUCAUGCGAUGAACAAUUUAACCGGAAUCACGGUAACACCAGGAGUCAUGCCCCCGCCCAUGAGGGAGGCUCUUGAAACAGCUAUCGAGCGUAUUGGCGCAAAGAUAAUCGACACGAUCCGCAUCGAUACAACCCAUUUCGUUUGCACCGAAGGUCGUGGUCGCGACUGGGAGAGAGCUAAUGAGAUGAACAUUCCAGUUGUCAGACCUGAAUGGAUAGAGGGGUGUGAAAGGGAGGGGAAGAUUAUAGGAGUCCGCGGAUACUAUCUGGAUGCAGAUCCCAAGCAAAGACACGUUGGAUCAAAUCCGUCUCUAGCUGGUCGGCCUUCGACAGUUGCUCCACCCUCGCAAGGAAGUAUUCCGCAACGACCGAAAGAGACCACGACAACUCCAAAGAGUCCUACCGGUGAGAGUACUGUCAGUGGUGAGCCUGGCCCUGAAGUACCGCCGACUCCACCGCAAAAAGAUCUUCCACCCACGCCAACUGACGGUGGAGAUGAUGACGACGAGGAGGAAGAAAGCGAGGAAGAGCCAGAGACACAGUCAACCGAGUCCAAGGGCAAACAGAAGGCCCAAACAUCAGAUGCAGAGGAAGAUGAUGAGAAAGACGAAGAGACAGAAGAAGAAGAUUCAUCAGACGACAAAUCCCGGGACCUCCAUGCCGAACAGAAACAUGAACCCCAGGUUGGGACCGUAAAGGAAGGAGCCGAAAUGGAGGAUGUCGCGUUAUGA